CUCUCCCCGUCUUCUGGCUAAGCGGCCGGCCGGCCGGAUCCGUCUGCCUCCCCUAGCUAUAAAAGCACCCCGUCUCCCUUCCCUUCUUCCCCAUCGAACGAACUUCGCAGCUAGCCGCCCACUCUACUCCUUCCGAUCACACAGGACACAGAAGCCUCUCCGUCGACCUCGGCCUUAACUUGCUCGCGCCUCAUUAUUAUCAUCGGACGACGGCGAUGUCGGGCAGGAGGUCGCGCGGCUCCGUGUCGGAGGAGGAGAUCAACGAGCUCAUCUCCAGGCUCCAGACCCUGCUCCCCACCACGCGCCGCCGCGGCAGCAGCAGCAGCAGCAGCCAGGCGUCGACGACGAAAAUGCUCAAGGAGACGUGCAGCUACAUCAAGAGCCUGCACAGGGAGGUGGACGACCUGAGCGACCGCCUCUCCGACCUCAUGUCCACCAUGGACAACAACAGCCCCGCCGCCGAGAUCAUCCGCAGCCUCCUCCGCUAGCUAGCUAGAGCUACCUGCAGCUCAACUACUCAUCAUCAUCAUCAUCAUCGAUCACGUCCAGCUGAUUGUCCUAAGCUAGCUCAUCAUCUACUUACAGCUCGUGCAUGCCUAGCUAAGCCCGCGCAUAUAUCUACAUAUACAUACAAGUAUGGUAUAUAUGUCGUCCGUCGAUCUCUGCAAGGCAUAUAUAUGCAGAUCGAUCGACACCUAAGGACUGCAUGCAUAUGCAUCCAUGCUAAAGGCUGGUCUAAUUUACUUUGGUAGGGCAUCAUUAGCUAGGGCCGCCUAAUUAAGUUCACUAUAGCUGGUUAAUUAGCUCAUCCCGCUAGCUUCUUGCAUGCAUGUGGUUUCCUCCCAGCUUCCCUCUCUCUUGUUUUCAUUUGUUUUUCCCUGUGUAAACUUACUUAUUUGCAGUCUGGAUCGAGUUGUUUCCCCUAGAGACAACCGACCGACCGCUAGCUACCCAUCCGGUGGUACUGCAUGCUAAUAAUAUAUAUAGCACUAGUACCAUCACACAUGCAUGAUUGUAUGUAUGUACUGUCGAUCGUCGCUUCAGCUGAAUUAAUCUCUUAUUAAUCAAUACCAAGUGAUUGUGUUAUCCGUGCCAAA